AUGAGCUCUCGUAGCGCUCUAGAAGUCUUCAAUGGAGAAGUUCUUCGUGGUGAUGACAAUUAUUACGAAUGGUAUCAAGAUGUCACUAACAAAUUCGAAAAUUUUGCUGAUGAGAUUCUCACCUAUUGCGAGACUGGGAAAGUGUUGCCCCUCGAAGGUGAGACGGAAAGUGACUGUCACUUGAUAACUACUUCGGUUAAUGAAAUGGCGAAAGUGAUCCUAAGGAAUAGUAUCUCAGCGGACGUACGCGCUGAUGUUGUGUGUGACCAACGAAACGGUCACGAAUUUUUUCAAGCAAUCAAGGCCAUGUUUGGCCAAGUGAGCCUCCAGACGGCCAUUGAUGUUGCUUAUGACUAUCAUACCCUCUCUUGGGAUACUGCUGGUGAAUCCCGCUUAAGAGAUCUUAAGGCGGCCCAUAAAAAGUUUACGACAAGGGUCCACGCCUGUUUCCCUCCUGAAGUGUUUCUUGGUAUUACGUUUAUGGUUACUCUUAAACGUACUGGUGUUACUGAUGAACAAAUUGCGGCUAUUUUAACUGCCUAUGAAGUUAAAUAUCCGAGUGGACCAGAACAUUUUACAGUUCCGAUGGUUAACAGACUCCUUGCGCAGAAGGUAAAGAAUUUCCCGACGCAAGGAACUCUUUAUUCUCACACAAGUCUCUCAAUCUUUCGAACUGGUUUCUUGGAAGGUUUUUAG